ACAGAAGUUAAAAUUUCCAUGGGCUGUUGAAAAUUUAAGAACAAUUUCCACUUCCUUAAUUUGCAAACAUUAUUAAUGGGUUCCGCUGUUAAAUCAUACCCACGACUUUUGCUCUUCCUCUUCUCACUCCCACGCGACCUACUUGUCCCCUCCCUAUUGCAGGCUGACUCAUUCGCCAUUAACGCACCUUCAAGAUCUCUCUGUUCGCCACCCAAUUCUCUAACUCCAACGCCACAAUGUCCAUCUUCCCUUUUCUAAUUCUUCCAUUCCUGAAAAUACCCCUUUGAUCUUCUUCUGUAACUCACCGUCAAACCAUCAAUCUUCCAUACCCUUUUCAAUUUCCCUUCUGGGCAUUUUCGCUCAUGGGACAUUUCUCUCAGAUUUACUCUUACGAUGGGUUUUGCGCUAGCUCUGCGUCAAUGAGAAAUGGGUCGGUCUCCACUUCUUCAUUAGUGCUCGAUAGCGAGAGAGACGAGCUUGUGGAGGCUCCAUUGAAGCUCGAGAGUAAAGGGGUUCCAACUGAAAGGAGCGCUGCGGCGCUGAAGAACCAUAGCGAGGCUGAGAGAAGGCGUAGAGCGAGAAUCAAUGGCCAUCUUGGGAGUCUUAGAAGUCUUGUUCCUGGUGGGAAGAAGAUGGACAAAGCAACACUACUUGCUGAAGUAAUUAGCCAUUUGAAAGUGCUGAAAAGAGCUGCUGCAGAAGUUAGUGAUGCACAUAUCAUACCAAAAGAAAUUGAUGAAAUAACAGUUGAACAGGAGGAUGGAUUCAAUGGAGUACCGUAUUCGAUUAGAGCAUCGCUAUGUUGUGAUUAUAAACCCGGAUUGCUACCUGAUUUAAGAAGGGCACUUCAUGCUCUGGACCUGAUUAUACAAAGGGCAGAGAUUGCCACCUUAAAUGGCAGGAUGAAGAAUGUGUUUGUGUUAACCAGCUGCAAAGAAGGAAACAUUGAAACUACUGAAUUGCGGCGGUUCCUCGAGACCUCCGUGCACCAAGCUAUCAAAUCUGUGCUUAACAAGUUCUCGGAUCCACAAGAGUUUUCAUUUAUGACAUUUCCAAACAAGAGACGGCGAAUUUCUCUGUUCAAUUCAUCAAGUUCAUCUUCCAGGGGUGAUUUCUGGAUUGGCAGACAAUAAUGUGAUGGUGGGACACAGCUGAUGUGCUUGAUGAUAGGACUGUGCAGACUUUAAAACUACAGUAGACUGCCUUGUUCAUAGCAUUCUUUCUAUUAUUCUCUUUAUUUGCUUCCUAUUUCUUUUCCUGUCCUUUUCAUUCUUUUGCAUAUGUUCCCAUAUCCGUACGAUCAUCCAUUCGUAUAUGUCUUGUAAACUUCUGAUUCAAUUAAGGUUGUAGAUACUUUGGCUUUGAGUUACAAAAUAAAGAAUUAUACUAUUUGAGGUUC